AGGGCGCUGAGGCACAUCCCUGCGCGUGAGUGGGCUCCAGGCUCUCACAUCUGGAUGUUCCUCCGGUUCACGCCCACAGCGGCUCCCCCCCUCCCCCGCAGCUGCUGCUCCUUUCCCGGAGAUCUGCUCCCAUCAGGCCCCGCGUCGUGUCUUUCUGUCGGCCGUCCGUCCUGGACGGGCUCUGCUGUCGGUGGCGCAGCCGUCCAUGAGUGUCGAAUGCGCCGUCACUCCGGCACAGCGCUUCAGCACGAAGAUGGCGUCGGAGGGAGUCGGUGGAGAGCAGCCUCCCCCGGUGCAAACACUGGCAGCCGCCGUGCCGGGAAGCCUGGACGCGAAAUGCGAGUUCAACAUGGAUAACUUGAGUAAGCCGGAGCUGCUCACCCUGCUGAGCAUCAUGGAAGGGGAGCUGGAGGCCCGAGACCUGGUCAUAGAGGCCUUGAAAGCCCAAAGAAAGGAGGUGUUUCUCCAAGAACGCUAUGGACACUACAGCAUAACCGACCCCUUCCUUGCACUUCAGAGGGACUUUGAGUGUAGGGUCCCUGGAGGAGAAAAUGAGCGAAGGUCCUUGGGGUCCAGUCCCAUUUCAGUAUUGGAAGCUGUCAUGGGUCACUGCAGGAAAAUGCAGGAGCGCAUGUCAGCCCAACUCGCUGCUGCUGAGAGCCGCCAGAAGAAGCUGGAGAUGGAGAAGCUGCAGCUUCAGAGUCUAGAACAGGAGCACCGCAAGCUGACAGCACAGCUGAAGGAUGAGCGUGAGAAAAACAAGAACAUAGUCAUGAUGUUGGUGCGUGAGUGCAAGCAGCUUGCCACACGAGUGGUAGAGGAGUCACAGCGCUUCGAUGAGCUCCAGGCUCGCCUGGAUGAGGAGAGUCGCGCCUCGGGCAAACUGCAGGAGGAGCUGAACAAUGAGCGCCAGAAGAGCCAACAGAUGGAGGCUAAAAUGGAAAAGCAGUUGUCCGAGUUUGACACAGAGCGUGAGCAGUUGCGUGCAAGGCUGAGUCGAGAGGAGGUUGAGAGCCAGAGCCUCCGGCAGCAGGUGGAGCAGCUCAGAACUGAAUGGGGCAAUGGAAAGGAUGCCAGUCCAGCUCCAACUGAAGUGGAAACUGCUGCCACCAGUAGUCCACCGAAACCUAAAGUUCUGACAUCUGUCUCUGUUGCCACGGAGCCUAUUAGCUCUCAGACAGCGUCUUGCCAAACAGAUCAGCCCCCUAUUGAGAUUGAGGGUCCUAAAAAGACCCCACUGGCCAUACCUGUCAAGCCAACACCCGCCAACUACGUGGGGCUGAGCUUGCCAAAGACGACUGGCCGGGGAAUCGUCCAUAGUAGCGCGGCAGGACAAGCACAGACAGAAAACGGCACUGAGGGACAAGCCUCCCAUGGUUUACCCUCUGGGGUCAGCCCCCGUGUUCAGGCCGCCCGAUACAAGUUUCAGGAUCAGGAUCAGAAUGGUACCUCAUCCCAGAGUCCUCCAGCUCGUGACCUCUCUCCCACUAACCGCGACAACUUUGCCGCUAGGCAGCAAGCCCGCCACACUGUCACACAGGUCCUGUCACGCUUCACAAGCCCCCCUGCAGCAGGGCCUGUCCCACUGCGUCCAGGGCUGCCCCACUCUGCCUCAGAGGGAGGAUCUUUUCCUGGGCGCUUGAACCAUCCAAUUGGCCUGAAGUCGCCCACAGUUACCAGGAUCGACAGAGGAAACCCUCCCCCUAUACCUCCCAAAAAGCCAGGGCUUAGCCAGACCCCCUCACCUCCUCAUCCACCCAUCAAGGUGGUGGGGGACAGCAGCCGUUCCCCUGGGGCUGUGCUAAAACCAGCCACACCCCAGCUACCACCCAAACCUGCCCUGGACCUGGUACCAGCCCUGACAGCUUCUCAGGUGGGUGCCUGCCCUGCUUCCCAUUCUCUUGGGCCCGAUUGCGGCCCGCCGCAGCCAUCAGCAGCAUGUGCACAGUGUCCGCCAGUCAUCAGUCCUACCACCGUAGUUAGUUGCCCCUUGUCCAUAAACCCUCCCCCCACCUUCUCCUCCAUUAGUGCUCCAUCCACCCAUAGUCCUUGUUCCUCAGCAGGCAGCCUCCUGGCAACAGCAUCAGGCUGGUGGCCCUCCGUAGUCCCCCCUCUUAGUGGCAGUGGGCCUGCUGCCCUGGACAGCGGGCUUUCUCUGCUUCUCCAAGCUGCUUCCCAGGGAAAUGUCACUUUAUUGUCAAUGCUGCUUAACCAACCAGACUCGACCACCACCACCACCACCUCAUCCACCAUCAUCACCUCUAGCGCUGGUAUGGACAACAAGCCAGAUCAUCUUACCCUUGAAGACCACUUCAACAUGAACCAAAACUCUGCUUUGUGUGUUGCUGCCUGUAAUGGACAGAAGGAGUGUGUGAAGCUGCUGCUGUCGUCAGGAUUUUCUCCUGAUAUUUCACAUGAAAAUGGAUUUACACCUUUACACUUUGCUGCUGCCAACGGACACGCAUGCUGUGUGGAGGAGCUGCUGGCUGCAGGAGCUGCCGUGGACUCCGUUGCUGCUGACGGACAGACCUCCCUCUUUGUGGCCUGUGAGGCAGGAUGGCUUGAUUGCGCCCGAGCCUUGCUGGACGCCGGAGCUGACCGCUCAUUGACUACCACGGAUGGCUGCACGCCCCUGCACGCUGCCGUGCGCUCCGGACACGUAGAAGUGCUGCGUCUCCUCCUCUGCCACAGAGAUCCAAGCGACCCUUCUGCCUCGCCCCAUUUCCUGGCUCUUCCUGCUUCGCUGCUGAACCAGGCCAACAGGGACGGCUGGACCGCUGCACACAUGGCUGCUGUGCUGGGCCUGAAGGACUGUCUGGAGGUGCUGUGUAGCCACAGUGAUCAAGACAUUGAGAGAAAGGAUAUGUGCAACCGCACAAUUCAUGAUGUGGCAACUGACGACUGCAAAGAUCUGCUUGAAAAUCUGCAUUCAUAUCGAGUCCUGGUGCUUCUUCAGAGUCCCAGAGGAGGCAGUGGCUCCCUAUGUCCUUCUGAAGUCCUGGAGGAAUCCAGCGGCCAUGUUGUUCUAGGAAGAAUGACUGUCCACCGGGGGAUGCAAUGGGACGACCUGAGAGCCGCUCUGAGCCGGAUCUUCUCCUCCUACCUCCAGAUCAUCUGUGGAGAAUCUCUGACUGCAGGAGAGUUGGAGCAGCAUGCCCCGUUGGGACUUGGUUUCCACAGUUUUGCUUCCGUCCUUAUUGGUGACACUGAAUGGCUGCCCAGUCAAGAACCUCCUUUAUCUCCAUGGGACCUGGUCAGAAAGCCUCUCAGCCAGCGCAUCAGCAUCUGCCUCAAAGGUCUCUCUGAGUCAUCUUUUGAUGAGUUGGCUCUGGAAUCUCUCCUCUCCCUGCCUCUGCUGCAAAACUUUGUCCGCCUGGUGGAGCAGUACGGUAACUUAAUUUUUCAUGGGCUGGAGGGCAGCUGUCAGGACUACUUUGCCAGUCUGGUUGCUUGCUGCAUGAAGUCCAAACAGGAAGCUGCGGGAGUCAGCUGUGAUGUGGUGAAGGUGGAGGUGAAGGAGGACUUGACCAAAGAGCAGUUGUUACAGACCUUCAUCAGCUGUGGCUUCCUGGUUCCAGCCGUGGAGUCGGGGCUCAGAGUGACAUCUCGCAGUGUGGUGGUCCUCCUGGAGGGUCUGGAGAAAACGCCAUCCAUGACAGGCUUGCUGGGAGACCUUUGCCACAACCUGGAGAACAGAGGAUCCACCUCACCUCUGGUCCUAAGCUCAGGUCCCCAUCACUUCAGUGCCAACAGCUUCUUGAUUGCGACCCUGUCAAAGGCGUGUCUGCAGGGUUCAGAGCUCCGCCUCCAGCAGCACUUCCGCUGGGUCAGCCUCCGCUGGGAUCAGGAGCCGCUGCACGGCCUGCUGGGAAGGCAUCUCCGCAGGAAGCUCCUUCAUGAGACAGGGACAGACGGUUGGACACCGGACGGCACCAUGGAGCAGACAGUGAUGUGGGUCAGCCAGGUUUGGCAGCGUCUUAAUGCCUGUCUGUCCCGUUUGGGGACCCAUGAGGCUUUGCUGGGUCCACAACUUUUCCUGUCCUGCCCUGUGGUCCACAGCAGCUCAGAGACCGUCGUCAGGUGGCUGGCUCGUCUCUGGAACGCCUUGGUCGUCCCCCGCUUAGAGGAGGCGGUCAUCUCCCAGUUAACUGGCAGGCGCUCCUCCUCCUCCUCCUUUCCUUGCCCUCCUUCAGCGCAGCGCCUUUCUCCUGGCAAGCAGGAGCUGAGUGCUGGACAGCAGGCCGUGGUGAAAGCCACCCUCAGCAUCCUGGUCAACAAGGCUGUGAUGCCGGGCUGCUCCCUCCCUCCACAUGAGAUCAGCAGGUACAUGCUGGAGUUCCAGGGCAGCGCCUUUCCUCUGUCCGCUCUGGGCUCAUAUGAGGAAGGUGGAGGAGGAAAAAGACGAGGGCGAGACACCGGAAAGCUGAGGAGGUCCAAUACCAGCCCCAGGAAGAAGCAGGGCCCCUCCCUAAAGUGGAGCGGCGGUGGAUCCUUCAGAGAGAGUUCGCCGUCAGUCCUCUUCCACCCGAAUGGCCUCAGAGAACCAGCGGCUCUGCCAGCUUUCUGUGACAUCGAGACAGAUCUGAUCAGAGAGCUGCAGACCAUGUGCUCCAGCAGGUCGGAGCCGGACAUCAGCAAGAUCUGUCGGGCCAAAGACGAGCAGCAGCAUCCUCAGCCGGCGGAUCUGAACCCGCUGGCCGUGCGGCAGCAAGAGCAGACGACAACCGCCGUCCAGCCCGGCUCCAUCCAGCAAACCGGGCGUCGUGUCCGGUCGCAACUUCCUGUCCCGAGCAGCAGGGGGCAGCAGGCGCGAGCCUUCGCUGCUUCCAGCAGCAGCAGCGCCGGCGACCAAACCCGGAGGCCCCCCGGGCGCCGCAGCAGCCACGGCAGCAGCAGAGCAGAGCACGGUCAACCCGACAACAACAACUAUUACAGCAGCAAUUUGAACCACGAGCAGGCUCACCAAGACAUCUGGAUCCUCCACAGAGACCCACCCCACAGCAACAACCAGUGACCCCCACCCACCCAUUCUCCUUGAUCACACGAUCCCUGUGUGAGCCACCAUUCAUGAUGUAAAGACUAGGUACCUGAUGACCUUUGACUCUUAGUAUUUGUACUUUGUUACCUGUACUUGCUAAACUGUACUGCAGUUGUGUACUUGGGGACCAUAGUUUACUUCUAUUACAGUAUUUGAAUAAUGUGAUUUAUUCUGAGGUGAAAACACUGUAAUGUGGGCGGGGCAAGGGCAACAGAGACAAAGCAGCAGCUUUUUCUUUCUUUUGAUUUUUACUGUUGCCUUAACUGCAGUUUUUCAACCUGUAUUUCUAUUAGACAGUAUUCUGGUAUCGUCCUAGAACUCUCUGGAGUUAGAGAUGGCUUCUAAAGUUUUAACGUUGGUGGAAACUGCUUGAAAACACUCCUAGCACAGUAUUUUGUUCAGUUAAAGUGAAAUCGUGUUCUUGUCCUAUGAGUAUAGGGGUCGCUAAAUAUUGUUUUUAGAUCAAACGCGAUAAAAACUGGUUGUUUUAUUUUGUUAUUUGCUGUUAAGUAUUUUAAAAUAUUCAAGUGUUUUUUAGCAAAUUGUUACAAGGUGGGUUCAGAUAUUGAUGAAACAAAUCAGGGUUCUACCAAAUCUAAUUGUAAAUAAGAGUCGCUAAACACUAUAGAUUGUUGUAUGUGGCGUGACACUUGUACAGUAAUGAAACCUGGAAGCAAAAGUUCCAAAAAAAAGAAAGAAAAAAAGACAAAGCUUGUAUAUAGUGUUUGUAAAAGGCGUCUGCUUAUAACCCUCCACUUGUUUCAAAGUGAACGGGAUGUGGCAAUAAUCAGUAGAAGUGUAAUCACACCGGGUAUCAUCUGACAGCUGGAAGCCAUAAGAAAACACUGAAAUGCCCCUCUGCCCCCCCCCCCCCAACUCACGCUUCCUACAGUCCCCCCAUUUUAGUCCUUCAUGGUUUCUUUCUGUCUUUCUGCCUAAAACCAUUGACUGUAUCUUGAAAACUGGACUGAGUGGCCCUCCCCCCUGGUGUCCAAACAGGAAGGACCUGCUGGUUCCAAGAAGUCAAAAUCCCAUAGACCUUUAUUGAGAAAUAAACAGUUGUUACUCAGUCAUUCUAUUGGUCAGAAUAAACAUUCUUGAUCUGAUACUAUUUUUCAUAAAAUAUUCUUGUUAAUCCUCAUUUUUUAUUUAUAUUUUUUCUGUAGUUCCAUUUAUUCAAGUUAUAAACUGACCAAUCAGCUGCCUCAAUAAAAGUACGUGCUUUCAUGUCAAAUCUUUUUCCAGCGUUUCAAGCGGUAGGGGGUGUGGCCUUCCAACUAGCUCACUCCUGAUUGGUUAGAAGGGUUGCAACAGAGGCGAUGACUCAGACCCACUCGGACCAAUGGUGACUGAAUUGACUUUAGAAUCAGAACAAAUAUGUUCUUGGUGAUGUCCCACUCACUCGGUCCAGUUCUCCUACAGUCGAUGCCUAAAAUUCAUGUUUUUAGUUUAGAUCACACUUCAUACACAAUGAAAAGGCCCUUACAGGAGAGGUUUAAUCAAAUCAACCUCUGCUUUUGAUUUGUAAACAUUAGAAGGAAACAUAGAUGGGCCUUUUGUGUUUUUUUUCUUGUUUUUAAAUUAGUUAUUUUGUUUCUUAAUUUGUUGUAGUUAAUACACAUAAAAAAGAGUGUAUUUAACCGUAAAGCCAGCAGGGGGCUCCACUGCGUCGCGUUAGACUGAGAUCUGUGGCUGAGGGUUUUCUUUCAUCAAAAUGAAUAAAUUCUACUUCCUUUUUUA